CCUUCCAACUGAGUGGCAGGCUUGACUGCUUCCCUCCUUGCCUAGUUGCCUAGUUGCUCGCUCAAAGACGGGUACAAUACUUUUGGGUGCCUGCCUGAGCGCUUCUUACCAGCUAUUUCCAUGGCUUCACCAUUGAGCACUCAACCCAAAAAGAAAACAUCAGUCAAGCUCAAGUCGUCGUCAGAUGUGCCGAGAAUAGAGGAUAUAUUCAUCCUAAAGAGCUAACGAGUCGGGUAUACUUGAUAAAUGGUGCUUGAUUGCCGUGCGUCAACGUGACGACAAAAGCCGACUUUUCUCCGGACUUGGCUUUCGCUAAAUAGUUGACGCGAAUUGUGCUGUUGUUAUUGUUGUCGUUGUCGUUGUUGUUUGGGAUCGGUGUGUGGACAUCCGGAAACACGGCCAGAUCGCAAACACACAUCGCUCCGAUUUUUAGCAAAUUCAAGUGGACACAACGGCGUAGACUUCUCAUUUGGCUCUCGAUUCCCAUUCUCCACGCCCCCUCAUCAAGAAACUACCUAUCUAACUAACUACCUACCCAAUUGCUUGUGCACUCGGCACCCCUCUUUAUUUGCUAACUUAAAGAUAUUUUGCCGUCGUCGUAAAAUCCUCAGAAGGGAUUGUUGUAAAAAUCGAGAGCCUUGAAUGGGGUCGCGUUUUACAACUUGAAGAUCGACAUCUCGGCCGUGGAGACAACGACAACUGAAUUGAGGACCACGCCGAUGAAGGCUCAGUUGGGAUCGGGAUUAUUUUGAGCCCCGUGAGGAUUGCUUGGAUUGAAAUUACUUGUCCGCCACAGACGCACAGAGAAGAAGCCACUAAAAGACUAGGAGGAAUUUGGUUGUUCCGAAGACAAAUCUUUAUUGGUCCACGAUGUCGUUACGAGGAUGCUUCGGAUGCCUGAAGUUUCUCGUCUUUGUGGUCAACUUCCUUUUCUGGCUCUUUGGCUUGGGUGUCAUGGCGGUGAGCUUGUGGCUUUUAUUUGAUCAACAGCUCUAUCUACAAAGUAUUGGCGCUCAUCAAACCGAUUACUAUAUUGGCACCUACAUCAUCCUGGGAAUUGGAGGAAUCAUGACGCUUGUCGGGUUUCUCGGCUGUUGUGGCGCUUGGAAGGAAUCCACUUGGAUGCUUGGCACCUUCUUCAUCCUCUUGAUCUUCAUUUUCAUUGGGGAGAUUGCGGUCGGGGCGCUAAUUUACUUGCAAGAGGCCCCCUAUAAAGAUGUCAUUAGUCGGAGCGUGGAGGCCACUGUCAAGCGAAAGUAUCAUAGCAACUCCACAGCCACGACGCAAACUUUCGAUCUGAUUCAAGAAGGGCUUCGUUGCUGCGGCCACAAUGAGCCUUUGGAUUGGGCCCGAUCUGUAUACAAUGGCCAUUCUCAAGACCAGUUACGAGAAAUUGGGAUCCCACAUAACUCGAAAACGCCUACUAAUAAUGGGAUCACGAUUUUCAAUAUUCCUGAGUCAUGCUGCAAGCUCCCUUCAACGGCAGAUUGUUUUGCGGCCGUCACGAAAGUGGAACCCGGUCGAAUUCCUUCCGACAAGAUAUAUACCAAGGGUUGCUCUGAAGCGCUCAUUGAUUUCGUGGAUCUACAUUUCAUCUAUCUAAUUGCCGUUGGAGGAGGCGUGGUGGUUCUCCAAUUGAUUGGCAUGGUCUUCAGCCUUUGCCUGUGCUGUGCCUUAAGGCGAAUUGAAGACUUCAAAGCUUAGCUGGCCACUUCGCAUCGCUCGCUUGAAAUCCACUGGAGCUCGUAUCUCUGGAAGGCCGUUCAGCUUGUACUCGUUGGCCUUUAGCACCCAUGUCUGUCUUAUAUAUCACAAUGAUCACAAUACGUCGACGAAAACAGGACGAGGAACCAUUCCAGCUUGAAGCCUACAAAUCAGCGAGCAAUGACCUCAAGACUUUUUCCGUUCAAGAUGUGACAUUAACCGUUUUGGGGGAAAAACCGUAAAGAUACCCUACUCAGUGCGGCAAGAGAAGCCUUUUUACCGAAACAUCACUGGAGCGACUUUUUUCUACGUCUACCCCAAUUUACGUAUUCUUCAGAUAAAAUAGUGUUUCACCAAUUUGGAAUGAUAUUAAGCCCAAAAAGCCACUGCUGCUUUUGGCUAAGAGAAAAUUUAAGAAUCAUCAUCAACCGUCGGAAAAUAUGAAAUGACGACCGAUCAGAUAUCUCAGUUGUCAAGCUGUAUUUCCAUAAUGUUUAAAACAACAAUGUUAACAUUAGUAUGAAAUAAACACGAGCCGAGAAUUGAGCAUUGCUAGUCAUGUACAAACAAAUAUUUGCCUUAUGUCUUGUAAACUUUCACAAUACACAAAUAUGAUUAAAUCUAAAACCUCUAACAUUUUUCGUGAAAAAAGGUGUUCGAAUUGAGAUUGUGUUUAAGUUUGUAUGGGAUAUUUGGGUUAUGGUGUUCGUAAGAAUCCUACAUCCCAGUAGAAUCGUCAUUGUCGAAUGAUUGAGCUCGUCAGAGCCAAAAAGAGUUGAAGAUUGGCCAACGGAUUUUAUUGAAACACAAAUUUAAAUCCAGGUAAUUGAAAAAGUAUUUUUACUUAUAAUAUUUUUUGCAGAAGGUGAAUUGAAAUCCUUAUCAGCCUCAAUGAUGCAUGUCAGUAGAUGAGUUCGAAUGCCAUUUUUGGUGGAGAAAAUAUACAUGGACAUCAGGUUAUUAUACAGAUUAAUUGAAAAAAUAAACCCUAGAGAAUGUUGAAAUCUGAAACGAUUCUUUAUCAGUAACUCAUAGCCGAAAAUUAUGCAGGCAAAGAAAGGAGUUUAAAAGUCAUUGUAAUUUCCCGCUUCUUCCUAUCUUUCUUCUUUGUAUUCUCCUUCUUCUAUAUAAACUUCCCUUAACGUAAAUAGAAUCAGUUUACUACCA